AUGGCCUCGCGAUCUCAGGUCGAGAACCCUUUCCUCCAUCCCCUGCUCUUUUUGUACCAGAUACUGCAGUGGAUCAUACACAAGACCAUUGCUCCCAACCCGCCUCGUUCAGAUAAUGAGCUCAAUAGGCCAAAGAUUGCCAUCGUUGGGGCUGGCAUUACGGGUAUCACGGCAGCCGCCCAUUGUGUUGGCCAUGGGUUCGACGUCACCAUCUUCGAACAGGGUCCUAGCGACCAGGUUGGCGGCAUCUGGAGUAGAGUGAACCAGGAGUCAGGUUUGCAGAUCCACUCGAUCAUGUACCGAUUCCACCCUUCUGUUACCUGGCAGAGCGGCUACCCAAAUCGUCAGCAGAUCCUCGGCCAAGUGCGCAAGAUUUGGAAAGACUACGGCCUUGAGAAGAAGACCAGAUUCGAUUUCAAGGUCAACAAGGUUUACCAGGACGACCGUGGCAGAUGGAUCGUUAAUGACACCUCCAACGGCCGCUUUGACGGUCUUAUCCCCGCCAUUGGAACUUGUGGCGAGCCGAAGAUCCCGUCAUUUCCUGGGGUUGAUCAGUUCAAAGGCGAGAUUUACCAUUCAAGUGACCUCAGUAGGGAAAAGGCCAAGGGUAAGAAGCUGGCCAUUAUCGGAGGUGGUGCCUCAGCAGUUGAGGCACUCGAGUUUGCUGCGUCUGCCAAAGCUGGCAAGAUUUCCAUUCUAUCGCGCUCAGACAAGUGGAUUAUUCCUCGGAACAUAGUAGUCGAUGUCCUCCUGAGUUUCAACAUCUUCGGUCAAGAAACGAGCUUUUCCUUCAUCCCAGAAUUCCUUCUCAGAAAAUUAUUCUACCGAGACUUGGAAGACAUAGCGCCGUCUGAAAAGGGUCUGUUUACAGACACCCCGAUGGUGAAUUCUGACGUAAUGGAUAAACUUCGCAAAGGACAAGCAGAAUGGGUUCGUGGUGAUAUCGACGGCUUCUGUGACCGCGGUGUCAUUGUCAACCGUAGGGCCAAAGGUGUGCCUCCAGGAGGCCCGGGACACGAGGAAGUCAUCGAUGCCGAUAUAAUCGUCAUGGCGACUGGAUUUAAACGACCAUCACUGUCUUUUCUGCCCGAGGACAACUUUAAGGAGCCUUACGGACCCCCGAACUGGUAUCUCCAAACAUUCCCCCCAGCCCAUCCUUCCAUCUCCGCUAUCAACUGUACCUACGUGGCCGCCAUCGGGUCUGUGGGUAACUGGCACAUUGGGAUAUACACUCGGAUUCUCCUCAUGUUUCUCACAGAUCCGCUCACACGGCCCUCUCCUUUCUGGAUGCAGCGAUGGAUCGACCUCACAACGUUAUUGAAGCGAAGCAGCCCAACAGGCGCCUUUGACUUCUUCACCUACCUUGAGCUGGUUUGGUGGUUCACAUUUUGCGUGGCAUUCAACCCAUUCCGGUGGAAGUGGGCUAUCUUUGUCUUCUUUGGGGUUGGGUUGAACUUACCCAAGACUCUCGUAGAACUAGAGGAGAAGAUUCUGCCUCGAAAGGGAUAUGCAGUUCGGGAUAAGGGUGAGAGUCUUUAG